GGGAGGCACAAGUCAGUCUUGGUACCUGAGCGAUCACGUGAACAUCUGGCUCCUCUCUUUUAACUAUUGCCCCUUCACGUGUCUUGUUUGUUUACCUUCUGCCGCAGGAACCCGCCAGUCAUGACUUUCUGUAAGGCGAUGGUGAUGGUGACGAUGAUGGUGAUGAUGGUGUACUUAGCUGACGCCCAUCCAGUGCUAGACCCCUACAGCUAUCCCCCGAUGCCAUACGACCUCCGAUACGGCGUCCGAGACCAAAACUUCGGCAACGACUUCGGUCACGAGGAGCAGAACGACGGCAACAGUGUAAGUGGUCGUUACUACGUGCUCUUGCCUGACGGUCGACGACAAGUGGUGACCUACACGGCAGACCACCAGAGAGGCUAUGUGGCCACCAUCACCUACGAGAAUGUGGGGUUCGCUUCCCAGGGCCCCGCCAACAGCUACAGCUAGAACACGUGUUGUUUAGGUCUCUUAUUAUCAAAUUACACCUGUUUUAUGGCACUUGUUAUUUUACAGUCAUCUCCGGCUCCUUGACACCUGUCCCCCAAGCUUCAAAAUAUACAGUUGAAAAUAUUACCUGUUUAACCCUUUCGUUAUUAGUCAUAAAGGUUUUAGUAAUUGUUAUUUAAUGCCUCAUACCUCAAUAUGUGUUCUUCCAAUAUUUAGACCACGCCAUAUGUAAACAUUUUGUUAUACUACUAUAUGUUUAAGGUAUACUUGUUGUAUAGUGUUUCUUACAGUCAGAUUACCCCCCUCCUGAGACACCUGCUCUCACCUUUAGUAUAAACAACUAGACCGAGUCGUAUGUGUAGCUACUCUAUAUUAUUAGGUUAACACAUAACCAGCACCCCCCACCCCCCUUCCCCUUCCUCUAGACACCUGCGGCCCCUAACGCCAAUUCAGAAUACCUCCUUUUAAAGCUCUAAAUGUCCCUUACUUUAUCAUACCUGUGACUUAGAGUGAGAGUUGAGAGAAAUGUUUGAUUCUCAAUUUUGUUUUGUUUUGAUAGCUUCCACGUGCUAUUCCCUGGUGUUGAUGGUUGGCUGUGUUGACAAGCCUCACCUGUCAAUGGUAAUUAGCUAUAUUGUUACCUGGAUGGCUAUAGUAACACCUGUCCACCCUAUGUACUGUACUUAGAAACACGUGAGUAAAUCAUAGCUUAGAUAGAUAAAUAGAUAGACAUUAGUUACAUAGAGAGAUUAAUAAAUAGAUAUAUAGAUUGAUAGGUAGAUAUGCUCUGUGCUUCCCUGUGUUGUGAUAAACUAGUCUAGUAUAAAGUUGUUUUAUCAGCUGCUAAAUAUUAUUGUACCAGGUUAAUGAUGAUGUGUUGUACCAAUGACUGAUAGUAAAAAAAAAAUACACAAUGACUCAUUUUACUCGACCCUAGACGAUCUAUUUUACUGAUGUACUCACUGACCUGUCGACUGACUUACUGGUAUGUCGACUAACUCACUGAUUUGUUGAUUUACUCACUUCCUGUCGACUUUACUCAUCGACUGUCAACUUAAUGACUGUCGACGUAACUUACUGACCUCUCGAUUACACUCAUUGAUUCAUCGACCUAAUUUAUGGACUGUCGACUUUACACAUUGACUUGUCGACUUUCCUGACUCGACUUCACAAACUAAAUUGUUGAUUUUCCUGACUGUCGACUUAACACAUUAACUAGUGCACUUUAAACAUUGACUGGAGAUUUUAUACAUCAGAUUAUCGACUUAACUGACUUGUCGACUUUACACAUUGACUUGUCGACUUUAUUAACAGUAAAUUUUACUGACUGUCGACUUUACUGACUGAGCUUUAUUGAACGUCGAAUUUACAGACAGUCGACUUUUCUGACUGUAGACUUUACUGGCUGUCGAAUUUACUAACUGCUAACUUUACUGACUGUCGACUUUAUCUAACCGUCAACUUUACUGACUGACGACUUUAUCUAACCGUCAACUUUACUGACUGUCGACUUUAUCUGAUCGCCAACUUUACUAACUGUCGACUUUACUGGCUGUCGAUUUUAUCUGACUGUCAACUUUACUGACUGUCGACUUUACUCACUGUAGAAUUUUCUGACUCACCUUUACUGACGAUCUAAUUUACUGACUGUCGACUUUACUGACUGGCGACUUUACUGACUGAGCUUUAUUGACCGUCGACUUUACUGAUAGUUGACUUCGAUGACUGGAGACUUAACUGACUGUCGACGUUACUGACUGUCGACUUUACUGACUAUCGACUUUACUGACGGUAGAACUUACUGACGGUAGAAUUUACUGACUGUCGACUUUACUGACGAGAGAAUUUACUGGCUGUCAACCUUGUUGGCUGUAGACGUUACUGACUGUCGAAUUUACUGACUGUAAAAUUUACUGACUGUCGACUUUACUGACCAUAGAAUUUACUGACUGUCAACUUUACUGACGGUAGAAAUUGCUCUCUGUCGACUUAACUGACGGUAGAAUUUAUUGACUGUCAACCUUGUUGGCUGUAGACGUUACUGACUGUCGACUUUACUGACGGUAAAAUUUACUGACUGUCGACUUUACUGACCAUAGAAUUUACUGACUGUCGACUUUACUGACGGUAGAAUUUAAUUACUCGCAUUUACUGACUGUCGACUAACGUGACUGUUGAGUUUACCAACUGAUUUAUCGAAUUUACUGUCAACCUUACACAUAGUCUUAUCGACUUUACUGACUGUCGACUUAGCUGAAAUUCAACUUUACUGACAGUCUACUUUUCUGACUGUCGACCUAAUAAAGGUAAACUUUACUGACAGUCGAUUUUACUGACUGUCAACUCAGGUAAAAAUCUACUUUAUUGGUCAUCAAUUUCACUGACUAUCGAAUUUACUGACUGUCGACUUAGCUGGCUGUCUACUUUACUGAUAGUCGACUUAGCUGACUGUCGACUUAUCUGAAAUUAAACUUUACUGGCAGUCUACUUUACUGACUGUCGACCUUAUAAAAGUAGAAUUUGCUGACUAUCGACUUUAUAAAAGUAUAAUUUACUGAUUGUCGACCUUAUAAAAGUAGACUUUACUGACUGUCGACUUUAUCUGACCGCCAACUUUACUGACUGUCGACUUUACUGGCUAUAGAUUUUAUCUGACCGUCAACUGUACUGACUGUCGACUUUAUUGACUGGCGACUUUACUGACCGUCGACUUUACUGAAAGUUGACUUUACUGACUAGACUUAACUGACUGAAAACUUUACUGACAGUUAACUUCUAUGACUGUAGACUUAACUGACUGUCGACUUCACUGACUAUCGACUUUACUGACGGUAGAAUUUACUCUGUCGACUUAGCUGACGGUAGAAUUUAUUGACUUGAUUUUACUGACUGUCAACCUUCUUGGCUGUAGGCGUUACUGACUGUCGACCUAAUAAAAGUAAACUUUACUGACAGUCAGUUUUACUGAGUGUCAACUCAGGUAAAAAUCUACUUUAUUGGUGAUCGAUUUCACUGACUGUCGAAUUUACUGUGACGACUUAGCUGACUGUCUACUUUACUGAUAGUCGACUUAGCUGAUUGUCGACUUAUCUAAAAUUCAACUUUACUGACAGUCUACUUAUCUGAAAUUCAACUUUGCUGACAGUCUACUUUACUGACUUUCGAAUUAAUAAAAGUAGACUUUACUGACUGUCAACCUUAUAAAAGUAGACUUUACUGACUGUUGACUUUACUGGCUGUCGAUUUUACCUGACCGUCAACUUUACUGACCGUCAACUUUACUGACUCGACUUUACUGACUGGCGGCUUUACUGACCGUCGACUUUACUGAAAGUUGACUUCGAUGACUGAAGACUUAUCUGACUGUCGACUUUACUGACUAUCGAUUUUACUGACGGUAGAAUUUACUGACUCGACUUUACUGAAUGUAGAAUUUACUCUCUGUCGAUUUAACUGACGGUAGAAUUUAUUGACUUGAUUUUACUGACUCUCAACCUUUUUGGUUGUAGACGUUACUGACUGUCGAAUUUACUAACUCGACUUUACUGACGGUAGAAUUUACUCACUGUCGACUUUACUGACAGUAGAAUUUACUGACAGUCGAUUUUACUGUAAACUUUACAGACUGUAGACUUUGCUGACUAUGUGUACUUUACCUGACUCUCAACUCAGGUAAAAGUCUACUUUACUAGCGAUCUAUUUCACUGACUCGAAUUUCUUGACUGUUGACUUUAUUGAUUCAACUUUACUGUCUGUCGAUUUUACUGACUACAGACUUUGCUGACUGUGUAUUUUACCUGACUGUCGACUUUGCUGACUGUGUAUUUUACCUGACUGUCGACUUUGCUGUAAACUUUACAGACCAUCGAGUUUACUGACUGUGAACUUAAUUGACUGUCGACUUUAAUAACUGUCGAAUUUACUGACUGUCGACUUUUCUGACUCGAUUUUACUGCCUGCGGACUUAGCUAACUGUCAUCUUAGCUGACUGUCGACUUGCCUGACUCGACUUUACUGACUGUCGACUUGUCUGACUGCCAUCUUAGCUGACUGGCGACUUUACUGAUAUUCAACCUCACUGACAGGCGACUUUACUGACUGUCGACUUAUUGACUUGACUAAUUGUUUAUAUACUUGUAGACUAUAUUUGAAUAAGUAUUCAAUUACAUACAUACAUACAUACAUACAUACAUACAUACAUACAUACAUACUGACCUUUGUGUUAACAUAACCCCGCAAUAAUGUUGGUCACAUCUUCUACUGACGUAUUAAUGAUCAUCCUGUGACCUUAAGUUUGACCUGUGACCUGAGGUGACCGCCACGCCGUCAACACUGUUUGUUUACCAAUAAAUUCUUAACACCUUUA